UAACCCUGUACUCCUUUUUAAUGGAAACCAACCCCCAUCCUAUACUGAUAAUUCCGAAGAUGAGAGCAUGGGAGAAACCAGAAGAGGAGAGAGUAAGAUCCCAACAUAAAGAUUAUGCAGAUGAAGAAGACAACGAUGAAAAGUCCAGAAAAUGGUUGGACUUAACUCUUGGAGGAAACAACUCCUCGGCAGGAACUGGAACUCCUUCAUGCUCUAAUGGGAAAUCAACACCAUUAAAGGUGUUUUCCUGCAACUUCUGCAUGAGGAAAUUCUACAGCUCCCAGGCUUUAGGAGGGCAUCAAAAUGCUCACAAGAGAGAAAGAGGAGCAGCUAAAAGGAGUUAUCAGUCGCAGAGAAUGAUGAUAGACUUACCCUUUGCUCCUUCCUUCCUCCACUCUCUGCGAGUUCAGCAACAUGCCGUGGUUAACAGGUCCAACAGAGAGGGAAAUAUGGCCAUUACAGCAAGGUUUCAAGAUUUCAGCAUGGCUUGUGCAGCAUUUUCUCUUGAGGAAAAAGCAAAAAUGGCAUGGCCGGGUAGUUUUCAGAAGUCUAAAUUUUCUGAAACAGGAUCAGAUGUACAGAAGCUAGACUUGAACCUCAGACUGUGACCUGUUUGCUAACAGGGAAAGGCUUCUUUUCAUUACUGUAUCUCGCCAUGGUUAUGUACUCUUUGACAGCCAUUAUUGAACUUACUCCAGAACACCAAGAACUUCAUCAGUACCAGGAGGAAACCGCCAGCACCAUCCAUAUUGAGUUUGAGGUUCUGUAUAUUAUCUGCAAUGAAUGUUAUUUUCUAAGUUGUAAUUGUUAUAUAUGCAAAUUUUACCAAAAUAAGGUACCAAACAGAGCAUAUCAUUCAGUUGUUUCCUCUAGAUCAACAAUUCAGUGCUCAGCCUGCAAAAUCAAAUUGUAAUUG